AUCAAACUGACAGGCUAAGGACUACCUUGUGUGAACAUUUCUCAGAUAACAGGUGUUUGAUACGCCGUGUGGCAACGUGGCAUCGGAAUUAUACAGCUUUUAGCAACAACAGCAUUUUUUUUAAAAAUUGGAAGACCAGGAAUAAAAAUGAAACUAAUUGGAUUCGUACUUUUUCUCAUCUUGGUAAGCAGCUAGUUGAUGAUGUAUUUAUUUUUUUUAAAUCAAUAAUUAAAUUAUUGUAUACGUUUUCAUUGUUACAAAUCAGUGGAGCUAAAAAUAUCCAACAUGUUAAUCUCAUGAGUAAUUCGGAGCAAUUUAAGUUUCUCUCCUUAGAAAUAUACACAGCUUUUAAUUGAAUAAUUACUUUUGAUAUUGUCCUUCUUUAAUCAAAUAAAAAUAUAUACAUUUUUUUAAAAAAAUAAUUAAAUUGUAUGUAUCGAUUCGUUUAAACCGGGCUACUUGAAAUCAUGGAUCGUGAAAACUCAAUAAAAAUGUAUUGUAGAAAAAUUUCUAAAAUAAUUGAAAAUGAAAUCCUCUAACACAACAAGAGUAAAGGAUAUGGCUUCCGUGAAACGGUUGAGUUAAAAAUAAAACGUUAAUAUCAAAAUGGUGAGAAACAAACCUUGACCGAAUGUUGCUGUUUGUCGUUUCAGGCCAUGACCAAGUCCGGUUCCCUGGCCAGUCCGGUCACCAAACCGUGCGGCGAGCCUGCCGACGUCGUCUUCGUCAUCGACUCCUCCUCCUCCAUUUGGCCCGUGGACUUCAAACGUCAUGCCCUCCCCUUCAUCAAAGACGUCGUCUCGGCUUUCGACAUUGGCGACGGCCCCCGCCAGACCCGCGUCGGCGCCCUGACCUACAGCAGCGACGUCAAACUGGAGUUUCAUCUCAACGGCCACCACAGCCGGGACAAACUGCUCCAAGCCAUCUCAAGAAUCAAGGUCAGGGGCGGGGAGACUUACACGGACAGAGCUCUCCACUACGCCAGCACGAACAUGUUCUCCAGCAAGAACGGAGGCCGCAGCGACGUGGCCCACAUCAUCAUCGUCCUGACGGACGGCCGGUCCAGCAAAAAAUCGAGCACCAUCAUUGAAGCGGAGAAGGCGAGGCAGACUGGCGUGGCCAUUUUCGCCAUCGGAGUUGGUGCAGCUGAGGACAUUGAGUUGUCCAUGAUCGCCAGCAAACCGGAUUCCCAGUUCAAAUUCAAGGUCACAGAUUAUUCCGCCCUUCAGAGCAUCAGAGAAGAGCUUGCUAUUAAAACAUGUGAAGGUGAGCUACUGUGAUCCAACUUUUGAAUUUACUUUCAUCAAUAAGUUAAUAAGAAACGAAACAAAAUACAAACUAAUUAUUAAGGUGGUUCGGUUGCUUAUUUUAACUAUCUAACGAAUCAUCAUGUUGCAUUAUUUCAGUGACCUUGCCUCCAACGACUACAACAACAACAACUACGACCACCACAACUCCACCUCCACGAAGUGGUAAGUCAAUGUUUUAAUGUCUUGUGCCAAUAUUAUGUUGUAAUUGUGUGACCUGAAUUCUGGAGGACAAUAGUAUGUAUUGAGAUAUCUCACUAGCUGCUCUAUGAAUUCAUUUCAUAAGUUGUCAACGUUCUCAUGUAUAGCUGUUUAAAGAUCUAAUGUUGAGCUUUUUAAAGUUCUAAUGUAUAGCUGUUUAAAAUUCUAAUGAAUAGCUGUUUAAAUUUCUCAUGCAUAGCUGUUUAAAAUUCUAAAGUAUUGCUGAUAAAGUUUUAAUGUAUAGCUGUUUAAAGUUCUCAUUUAAUUUUUUUGCUUAAUCAUUUCUUUAAAUAAACAUUUUUUGUAAUCCACCAUUCCCUGACGUUAUUUUCAGAAUGUGGUGGGAAGCCAGCUGACGUGUUCUUCAUCCUCGACUCGUCCAGCAGUAUCUGGAGGCAAGACUUUGAGAAGAGGGUGGUCGGCUUCGUACACGACACAGUGACCAACUUUGACAUCGGCGGGGAUCUGACCAGAGUGGGGGUCAUGACCUUCAGUGACGACCCCAGGAUCGUCAUCGACCUUGACUCCUACGACACCAAGAAAGAUCUGCUGAAAGCGCUCUCCCCGUCUGUCGUCAAGUACACGCUGGGCGGGACCAACACGGCCGAGGCUCUCCGGGAAGUCAGGAAGAUCGGCUUCAGCACCUCGCCCAGGGACGGCGUGACUAAGAUAGCCGUGGUCAUCACAGACGGACAGUCGUGGAACGAGCGGGAGACCAAGAAGCAAGCGGCGCUCCUGAAGGACAGCGGCGUCAUGGUGUACGCGAUCGGUGUGGGCAAGGGAGUGAAGAAAGAAGAACUGGAGGCAAUCGCCAACGAACCGAAGGAGGACUACGUGUUUAAUGUGGACGGGUUCUCAGCCUUGUCUGAGCUGAGAGACGUCCUCGCCAUUAAGGCCUGUGGGGAUACGGCCCAGAAUGAUGAACCUGGUAAGAAACGUUUGCCCUCAAAUUCAGUUUAAACAGAUAUUCUUUGUUGUGAUAAUACCAACAAGCAAAAUAUAACAUCCUUUUUUUUGUGUGUGUGAACGAGUUCAAUUUUAAUUAUUUUCAAACCUUUUUACGAAAUAAAAAUACUGGCCUUAGUGAAUAUCAUAAUUUACAUUUUCUUAGCUUCCUGUCCAGUUCUAAUUCGAUGCUUAGACUUAACCAUGAAAUUUAUUUGUUCGUUUGGCAGUCUGUGCAAGUGGACCUACUGAACUGACCUUCGCCUUUGACCCCAACACAAUGACCAUCAAGGAAAGACACAACGCACUGGAACAAAUCAAAACCAUCUCAGAGAGACUGGAGAACUUGGCCGGUGACAUUCAGCUCGGGGUCACUUCCGGUACAUGUGCACCCAACAUGGACAUGCAGCUGACCGGCCCCAAAGACGCCUCGCAGAAGCUGCGUCACAUCAAGAAGGUCCUCAAGCCGAAUCUGCACGCCAUCGUCAAGGAAUGGAGAACCCAAGAGACCGUCAACGCCCCUGACUUGAAGGAAAGCAGCUUCAACAAAUACUUGGGCAUUUCCCAAACAGACGCCUCCAAAAAGAAAGCUUUGGUCAUCCUGCUCAACGGAGAAAACAUGGCGGAGUUUGCCAGCAUCGCCGAAGAGGUCCAGCUGUUGCUUGAAGGUGGCGUGGAGAUUUUUGUGGUGCUGGACGAGACGGUCGGGCGCAUGUACGUGGACAGCUGGGUGGAGAUGCUGGGCAACAGAAGGGUCAUCAGUAAGGUCACGGUGGACUCUGAUUACUCCGGCUACAUUAUGGAGUUCUUGUGCUCCUUGUAGUUCGGCUUGAGACUCACUUGUAGUUCAGCUGUGCAACUUGAGACUCGCUUGUAGUUCAGCUGUACAACUUGAAACUUCCUUGUAGUUUGGCUGUACAACUUGGGACUGACUCUUUGCUCAGCUGUGCAACUUGAGACUCCCUUGUAGUUCAGCUGAGCAACUUGAGACUCACUUUUACAAUUGUUUAGAAUAAUCAAUCUCAGGAAUGUUUACCCCCUUUUAAAACUCGAUGUUUUAUUAUUAUUUUUUUUAAUUCUAUAUUUACUUGAAUGUUCCUCCAUAAAGUGACUCAUGGGGUUUUCAUGACAAUGUCAGCAUUGAAUUGUUAGACCCCUCCCCCUGACCAAUCCCAAAUACAUAAUAACUGUUUUAUAAUUGCUUGUAUCGAUAUGCACAAUCUGGUCUGAACGUGAUUUGAUCGUUCACAAUACUCAGUGCUAUAUAUUUGUAUCAUUAUUUUCAUGUAUUCAUACGCGCAAUUCUCGUCACUGGUGCUCCGUUGGUAAAGAUAUCUAUUUUAUAAUCGUCCGCAUCCCUUGGUUGUGACGUCAUGUGAUGACGUAAAAUUGCGUCACUGAAGAAAGAAAGUAGUGCGAUUGAUGGUGAAUAACUGAUAAAUGAAUGGUUGAAAUAUUGAAUGUGUGGUUUAGUUUUAAAGGAGGAAUUGGCUUUUUAAAAUGUGGGUUAAGUCAGAAUAAAUGAAUUUUUUUAUGAUUACUCGACCAACUUAAACUCGGACUUUGCAGUAAGUUAUGUACAAACAAAUCUGUAAAUAUUUUCUCUAAAUAUAACUUGUACAAAUGUUUUUAUUUAUGUACAUAUGUAUAUUGGUUUAUUUUUCAUAUGCAAACGAUAACACGUCACUUGUUUUAUUUGUUUGUAUAACAUUGAUGAUGUGUUUUUGUGGGUUACAGGAAAUUUGUUCGAAAGAAUUUUUUUCGACGGUAAAAUGAUAGACGGUAAUAUAGUAAAACAAAAGAAUGCGAUCAAAAAGUAAUUUCAAGCAAAAUGUUAACGUAAAAACUGAAAAAUAGAUUCGACCAAAUUUCCGUUCGAUCAAAUUACCUUCGAUCAAUUUACCGUCGACGAAAUUUCUUUCGAUCAAAUUUCCGGAUACGAUUUUGUGUACAUUACAGAUCUAGAUCACCAAAGAUUGAGAUUACCAGAUGCUAGUCCACAAUUGUAAAUAUUAUCACAAACUGAGUCAAAAUUGUUAUUAAGCCAGUGAAUCAUGUAAUCUUGUCAUUAAUCCACUGUAAUCUUUUCGAAAUUUUGACAUGCUCGUCACGCCCGAGUGAAACAAUGUUUAUGUUUUGACACAUUCCUUGUUUUUUUAAAUGCCCUGAAUCGUGGUUGUACAAUAAAUAUAAUGUUGGCUGAACUUCAAACAAGAAAUCAUGUUUGUAUCUCGCCAAGCGCUCAGCGGAAGUCUUGCUGGCAAAGAUGUCAGCCACACAGAAGUCUUGCUGCAAAGAUGUCAGCCACACAGAAGUCUUGCUGGCCAAGAUGUCAGCCACACAGACGCCACGCUGUUCACGUGUGAGGUACACAAUUAGAUUAAGUCAACUGAAAGUCAGGUAUGACUGAAUGUCUGAAUAACAUGUGGAAGAAUGGCACGCAUGUUGGUACAAUCUUCUCUUGCGCAUCAUGACAUUUCAAGUUGUUAAUUCUUUGUUACAUGGCAUUUACUCAAAAAUGUCUUGUAUUCUAUUUCAAAGUAUGUGUGCCGUAAUUUACUUAUUUCUUCCGACAAUAUUAUGUACAAAUGUUGAUAUUUUGCUUUCUUAUUUAUUUUUAUCAAGUGCAUUUAUAACGUCAAUGUUACAAUAAAACAAUUUGAAAUUUG